AUGUCGUCACCUCUUCCGUCAUCCUUUGACUUGAAAAUCACGGUCAAACUAACCAAGCGUGUGCCCAUCAAUCCCCGUGAGGACCUUCUAAAUCGCAAUCUCGGCGACAUCUACCACCAGUGCCUGCAGAUCCUCGCUGGCAAGAAUUACGAUGAAAAGCGAAUAAGCUCAAAAGUAAAUUCCACCAAAGAUGGUCUAGUGCUGGCUAAAGGCUCCUGGUGGGUCUAUGGGCCACCUGUCCAACUUUUGGCCUACAAAAACAUUCUCCAGUUCUCUUCGUGUCCCGGACGUCCAGCCAAAGUUCUCAUGCUCAUCACCAAUGAAGAUAGAACAAAAACAGAGUUGGUUGUUGUUAAAACAAAGGGUCCCGGUUACGCAAACCAUCUCCUGAGUGUACUACGAAAAAACGUGAUUGUAGCGCAUCAACAUUUAGCUCAAAAUACAAAUUCGGCUGUGAGCAGCGGGUCAAGACCGGUUAGCUAUCAGAAAGAGGUGAGUGGCACGUAUCCGUCAACACGGAAACUCUCCACUAAUCACUCCUCCAUUCCUCAACAGAAACGAAGACCUGCCCCAAAUCCUCCCACUGCAAAAGUUCAAGAACCCCAACAACUUGAGAAGGUUAUCAGUCCAAAAGUGCCUGAGGACCUUCCAGAAACGAGGAUACGCCCAGAACGCGUCAAGAGGACCAAGGUACAGAGUGCGAAGCUGGACAGUGAGUCCUCAACUCUAACUAAUGGAAACUACCGAAGUAACUAUUCCAAAACAACCUACGAUCCAGAGACGAAGGUAGAGACGCUCGACUCUGUGGUCUGUUAUGGUCAGGAGGCAGAAAAAGUAGCGAAAUCAAAGAACAGCAAUGCGAAACCGAGGAAACCUAAGAAUCGAGCCCCGAGAGAACUCAGCACCCUGAGUGGUGGACGAAAGGUAACGCGGGAAUUCGAUGAGAACAAUACGCCAUGGGAGGUGAAUAUUUGCUACAUCAAGCAUGAUCCUCUCGUGGGUUGUGUGGAGGAUGAAUCUGGACCAAUUUACAUGUACACAGCGCAUCAAUUGGUGCCCAGAGAUGAUUACGAUAAUUACUGCUCAGAUGACAGCGAGGAAAACUCUUUCAGUGAUGAAGACAGUGACGACAGUACCUCGUCGGACAGUGAGGACAGUCAGGACCAGAAUAGGGAGUUGGAGAGAUUUAUGAUGCUGAGCGGGAGUAACAACGCUGACCACGCGACCAACGGAACUGGUGGCAAAUUGAGUGAAGUCUACGAGUACUAA